AUUGCGACCCCUCUAAUAGCCGCGAUACUAACUCCCCAGAGUGGAGGGGGAGCCUCCGGUCAGCACACCUGACGAACAAAGGAAAGCGCUGCAAACGCCGUCCUAAACACUUGCUCCUGCCUGCCUUCGGAAGACCUCCUGCUGCUUAAACAUCACACAAGCUUCACUCGAUCCCCAUCGUAACCUAUCGCUACCUUGCACUUGCAACUCGAGAGCUAGACAGCGCCAGACGACUGACCCGACUCUCUCGGCGGCCCUUAAUACUCGUGCUCUCGCCAUCUCCACCCGAGCUCGGCACUCAACCCGGCACGAACGGUUCCGCCAACAGCUGACGUCUGGUCUGAUAGGUGGGUAGGUCGACAGGAAAGCCAGAGGCUACCACUUCUUCGCCCGACCCGCCUUGCACCUUAGCCCACGACGCCAGUGCCCCUAGCCGUCAAUCUGACAAGUUUGCCUGGGAACGCCCGACCAAACAGGCCAUAGCCGCGACACACUGCCGCGCUUUCUGCAAAGAGCCUCCCCGCCGCCCACCCUGUGCUCUUCUCAAGACCCGACAAGGUGACACCACUCCUCGAAGUCUCCUUUGAGCACCCGACUGUGUCCCGCCUCAGUAACCCGGUGUCCGACGCUCGCUCCCGAUAUCCCUCCCCCUACGAUAUAACCCUCGGUUGGGCCGCCUGUAGCCCAGCAUCGAGGUAGUCAGGGGAGCCCUCCGCUGCCCUCCGGUAGCUACAGCUCUGCGAUCUCGAGGCGUCCGCCUUUCACGAGGCUCGAGGUCACACUACUGCUGCUACUCCGGCCGGUCGGGACCCGAAACCGACCCUUGGCAGGCGUUUGCUGCCGCUUGAAGAAACGAGCUCUCUGCCAGCCAGGUCAAAACACCCGCCGCAGUCAUGAGUUCCUCGCGUCUGCGGCGGAUUGCCAAGGAGCUGCAGGACAUCCAGGCCGACGCCGAAAAGUCGCAGAUUAUGGUUGUACCCAUCAACGAGCAGGAGAUCACACAUCUCAAGGGCACCUUCCCCGCACCCCCGGACACGCCAUAUACCGGGGGCACUUACACUGUGGAUAUUGUGAUUCCGGACACGUACCCCUUCAAGUCCCCCAUCAUGAAGUUCGAUACGAAAAUCUGGCACCCAAACAUCAGCAGCCAGACGGGCGCGAUCUGCCUUGACACGCUAGGUAGCGGCUGGUCGCCUGUCGGCACGAUCAAGAUGGCCCUUCUGUCGCUGCGCAUGUUGCUCGAGUCUCCCAACCCCAAGGACCCGCAAGACGCCGAGGUUGCCAAGAUGUUGAUGGAGGAUCCCGAGUACUUCAAGCUUGUCGCGCACGACUGGGCCGUCAAGUUUGCCGGAGCUCCUCGUACACAACCCCCACCUGAGCAGCACCAGAGGAAAGCCCUCAAGCAAUUCAAGCAGCCCGACGACCCUCUCAAGUAUCAAGGGUACAACAGAGAGCUCAUCAACCGCUUUGUCAACAUGGGAUUCGAGCUCGAGAAGGUUGUCGAGGCUUUCGUCUACGUGGGGAUCGACCGGAACGGUGGUGAGGACUACGAACUCGAAGAGGCCUACAUGGGCGAUAUUACCGCCCGGCUCCUUGGCGAGCAGUAAUCUAGAGGGCGCAGCGGACAUGCCGAGAUGAUAAAACGCGGGCAACGCAUCAUAUUUACCAGUCCUCAUGGUUCCUAAGCAUGGAAUAGGAAAAGUACUUGGGCAAGUCGGUCGGCGUGAAUAGUGUGCGAUGGUGACACCAGCGGGGUUCCAGUUCCGCACUGCAUGGAGAUGACAAGGGGUGUUUCGGCAUACAAAUUCGGAGUUUUUCGGAUAGCCCGUUUGCGUUUGGUUAUAAUCUAUUGGUUUUCUCCUUGCCUGGCCUUACCACUCUAG